AUGAUACAAUUUCGACGUUUUGUGAAAUUGGCACGAAAAAUCAUCACACCGGAUUCCAUUCCCUCAUCCGACCAUUAUGAAAUCUUCAUUCGACCGGCUGCUAGUCAUAGACCACAAGUCGAAGGGCACAACGUUUCGAUUUUGAGGCUCUUAUUUUAUUCACAGAACCGAAACCAUAUCAGACAAGACAAGAUGAUCAUCUAUCUAAAGGUGGGCAUAAGAGACUCCAUCAAAUCUUCCAAUCUCGACUCCACCGAUGGUUCUUCAUACGGCUCAAACCCACCGAUUUCCUCCAAAAUCCUCACAACUCGAGACAUCCGAGGCCUGUGUUCGGGUGUAAAAUCAACACAAGCCAUUGCCAUUUGCAACACUUUAACCAUUGUCUCCUCCUCUUUCUCCCCCAUAAGCAUAAGCACCGGAUCAAACAAGUCCGUUCUCCGUUCCUUACGGAUAAUCAACCGAGCCCAGUCGACAAGGGACAUGGCCUGGCCACUUUCCAGGCAUUCAAGCACCACAACUCCAAAGUUGUACACGUCAGAUGACUGGGAAACUGUCCUUGUCUCUGUGAGCUUCCACAGCCCUACAUCUGAGACGAGGCCGUAUUUUUGUGUGUUGAGGAAAAUGUUUGAGGAUUUCACAUUUCCAUGCACGAGCAUACCCCCAUCUUGCCUGUGUAUGUACUCGAGACCCCUUGCAGCACCAAGUACGAUUUUGAGUCUUGUUUCCAAGUCUAACGUUGUCCUGUCAUUGCCUCUUCUCGCCUUUCGUGUAGAAGUACGCCUUCAGUUUUCCGACAUUAUUGUGCCUCAUUCUUCGAAUUAUCUCCAAAUGUUCUUCGAAUACCUCGAACGAGACCAUCACAUCCCUCAACCGCUUAACCACAACCGCCUCUCCAUUGUCAACAGCAGUAGGACCAUAUCGGACGUGAACACUGGCCUUUCUCGUGAGAAGUUCGAGCAGCAGAACCCCGAAGCUGUACACGUCCGAUGCUUGGGACACCAACGUGCUUUCGGCAUGAAUUUCGUAUCUAUCAUCUCGGUUACACCAAGAUCCGAUACAAAGCCGUACCCUUGUGAAUUGAGGAAUAUAUUGGACGCCGUAAUAUUACCGUGUACGAGCUUCCCGCCAUUUUUCCGGUGUAUUUCCGCGACACCCCUCGCCGUGCCUACUGCAAUUUUCAUUCGGGUCUCCCAGCUUACGAAAGAUUGA